AUGUUUCGUACAUUGGGAACAGCAGCAAGACGAUUCCCCUGCCUUGCGUCUAGCCGUGGUGUGGUCAGAAGAAACUUUGCUUUAGUGAAUGAUAUUUCUGUGAGAAAGCGACUCACGAUCGGUCUCUCUGGGUUUGCUAUUGUGGCAACGGGAUGCUAUUUCACUGGAAGAACGAUUUACCGUAGUCGCCGUGCCAAAAAGAUGGCUCGCUUAGAGGCGGCCAAGAACAAAGCUGCUCCCGCCGUAGAGUCUGUUGUUCCCACUGUUCAGGAGAGUUUGGAGGUUAUGAAGGAGGAGGCGUCGGAGGCUCCUGUUCAGGAGGUGUCUGAUUCUGUGAAAGAGGAGGUGAGCGAGUCUUCCCCUGAAAUCGCUAAUCCCGCCCAGGAAGAGGUUUCAGAGGGUGUGAAAGAGGAGAGUGAGGGAGCUGAGGCUUCUGAGCCUGUGAAAGAGGAUGCAGAGCCUGCUGUAGAGGCUGCUGAGCCUGCUGAACCUGUGGAACCUGCUGAACCCGUAGAACCCGUUGUCCCUGUAAAGGAAGAAGAAGAAGAAGAAGAAGAUGCUGAUGAUUCUGAAGCCUUUGUGGUAACCGAAGUGGAUGACGAUACGUGGCAUCCUUGGUGGGACGGCGUGAAAGAAAUCUGCCUGUAUCUGAGCAGCGAGGACUCCGACCGCCUCGACGAAUCCUUCCCCGCCCUCCACAAUUACAAGCCUCAACGCCGCGUUCUGCUGAGCUACAACCCCAAGCCGGAGGACGCCAACGAAUUCGGACCCUCGAUGGGCGAUGAUGUGUCCAUCAAGAUCAUCGCCGAAGUGCGAGACGAGCACGCGCAAGUGCUCGUCGUGGACAUCGGGAACACGCUGUCCAGCUAUCGCUACCCGCACAUCGUCGUGUCCUGCGACGACGAAGCGGAGAACAGCGCGUAUUCCCGCGUGUACGGACGCAUCCUGAUCGACCGCUGCGUGGAGGACGGACUGCUCGUCGAGGACGAGAACGGCGUGUUCGUGCCGAAAGCCAACGUGGAAAACGUGGAAGUGGAGGGAUACUAUUCCUACCCGCUGACGCACGUGACGAUUUCGGAUCUGCGGAGCCAGGGCUUGGAGGUGAAGAGCAAGCUGUGCACGCAGCGAGGCUUCGAGGCGGCGCCUUUCGGAUGCUCGGAGGCGAAGCAGGACGCGGAGUGCAGCUGGUGCGUGUUUAUGAAGUCGGGUCCGUGCUAUCGCCCGUUCGAUGCGUGGCAGAAAUGCGUGAUCCAGUUCAACGAGGCGGAGAUGAAGCGAAAGGAGGGCGAGGAGCUCACCGAGGAGCAGAGAGACGCGAAGAUCAACGCGUAUGUGGCGUCCUGCGGAGCCGUGACGCUGGCGUUGAAGCGAUGCGUCGAUGCCCAUCCCGAGUAUUAUGGAAAGCUCUCCCAGCCCACGACGGAGGAAGUGAAGACUGAAGAAGUGAAGACCGAAGAAGUGAAGACCGAAGAAGUGAAGAUUGAGGAACCUAAGGUCGAAGAACCGCAAGUCGAAGAAGCCCAAGUCGAAGAGCGUCCGACUGAAGAAGUGAAAGCGAUCGUUGUGUAA